GAGUGAGCCAAGUAACUCGAGUUGAGUCCUCGCCUUGGAUCAAAUUUUGCCCUUUGCAUUUGUUGCUUUUCUUUUUCUUUUCUUUUUUUUUGAAUUUCUCUGUGUAUGGUUGUGUAUCAAACGGCGUCGUUCUGGUAACCGGGUAUAUGAUUCUGUGUUGACAUACCCACCCAUGUAUAAAACUCCUCAAGCAAACGUUGCUGGUCAGAGACAUGGAGAAAGAUGAAAAAGUGGAUUCUCCAACAAAUUCCCAGAAAACUAUUUCUGAUGAUGAUGAAAUAGACUAUUCCAUCAAACCAGAAUUCUAUGAUCCAGAGCUUGAUGAUAAAGAUGAAGAAUGGGUUCAAAAUAAAAGGAAAGGCCGUAUUUCUGAUGCAGUGCUUAGCUGUCCAGCUUGUUUUACUACCCUUUGCCUUGAAUGUCAAAGGCAUGAGAAAUAUUUGACGCAAUACAGGGCAAUUUUUGUUCUGAACUGCAAGAUUGAAAAUGAUCAAGUCAGGCAAGCAAGGGAAAAACCAAAAAGAGGCAAAAGAAAAAGAGUAUCUAGUGAGAGUGAAACAGCUGUCACUGACGGUGAAAUGUUCAAGCCUGUCUGCUGUUCUGUCUGCUCAACAGAGGUUGGUGUUAUCGAUGAAGAUGAGGUGUAUCACUUCUUCAAUGUUCUUCCGAGUGAGUCUUAACCUGCUCAAAUAACAGUUACAAAGGGCAGGGACAAUUUUGUGGAUGCCUUGUUUAUUCUACUAGACUAGCUAUAGUCUAGAACAUGUAACUUGCUUAACAAAGAAAGUUAUGGUAAAGUUUUAUUAAUUGUAGUGUUGUGGAGUUUAGGUGCGUCCAUGGGCAAUUUCCCACCUGUAUUUGGAGCUAUCCUAUUUAUGAUAUGGAUUCAGUUCAGAGGAACACAUUUCCUAAAAGAUAAGUAUACAUGCCAGGACCAUUGCCAGUCUUCUUACGUCAGCUUGGGACCG